CACAAAAUCAACUAUGACAAUUAUGAUUACUUUUCAUACUUCAAAUAAUUAGAAAAACAUGGCAAAGUAUUUUGGUAUUGAUCGUGCAUUCACUUUCUUGAAAACCAUCAUGGAAGCAGGAGGUAUUAGAGCUUCCAUCUAUAAAAUCUACAGGAUGGAUAGUUUACGACCAGGAAAGCUUGUUGGUGUCGAUAAAUAUGGAAACAAAUAUUAUGAAAAUCCGAGCUAUUUUUAUGGUAGAAAUAGAUGGGUUGAAUAUGCUCCCUAUUAUGCAUUAGAAUAUGAUGGAAGUCAGGUACCAGCUGAAUGGUUUGGAUGGUUACAUUAUAAAACUGAUUUAAAACCAAAUGAAGACCCGUCCCGACCUAAGUAUAAAUGGAUGGUAGACCAUACAGAAAAUUUAAGUGGAACCCCAGGACAGUAUAUGCCUUAUUCCACCACGAGACCUAGGAUUGAAGCUUGGGUGCCGCCCAAAUAAUUUAUCCAAGUAUCUGUGGGGUAAUAGCUACAUUUUGUUGAUGUAUAAAUAAAUUUUGUACCAUAUUAUAUUUCAAACUAGA